UCACUCACACAUAUCCAAAUAAUCUUUAUCCCUCUCUCCUCUCUCCUCUCCUUCCCGUCUGCUUUUCCCUCUUUUUCUCCCUCACUUCUCCUUACUCACUCCUCUAGUGUGCCCUGGCUCUCUCUCUACCCCCUCCCUCCUGUCUCACUCACACCAUCUCUCUUUCAAUUACUCUCUCUCUCCCUCUCUCUCUGUCUUAACCCCCUCCCUCUCUAAAUCUCUCUUUUUCUCUCUCUCCAUCCUCUCUGUCUCUGUCUUUCUCUCGGUUCAUUCCGAUUCUCUCUCAAUCACACAUGCAUGCAUUAUCUUCCCUCCCCACAUACUUUCUCUCUCAACUCUCCUCCUCCUCUCUCCCUCCUCCUCUCUCCCUCUGUUACACACACAUAUCACCUCUUAUCUUCCCGUCUGUGUCGUCUGUGUCUCAACAUCUGUCUCUCUCACACAGACACUUACAGCCUCUUCUCCCCUCUCUGUCUCCCUCUCUCUUCUUCUCUCUCUCACUCAGACACGCACAAACGCUCGCGCAACCCCAGCUUCAACACAUACCACACACUCAUGCCGACUGGCACCCAAGGACAGAGCACCCUCUCUCUCUCUCCCUCUCCCUCUCUCCCUCCCUCCCUCCCUCCCUCCCUCCCACUCUAUCUCUCUCUCUCUCUCUCUCUCUCCCUUUCUCUGUCUCAGUCCUGCUGUCUGGGUCUGUGAGAGUGUGUGUGUUUCUGGGCUUCCCCGACUCCGAGCCGAGCUCACACACUCCUGAGCAUUUGAGGACGAGGACCAGGAGGAAGAGGAGGGCCAUGGAGCACAGCCACAUCUUCACCCUCCUUUCCCCCCCCAACAGCAGUGCCUGGAGCACGGGGCAGCAGCCGGCCGACAUUCCCCAGGGUUGCCCCCUUGGACCACUGCCCGUCAUCUACUACAGCGCCCUGCUCUGCCUCGGCCUGCCAGCCAACAUACUCACUGUCAUCAUCCUCUCCCAGCUGGUGUUACGGCGUCAGAAGUCCUCCUAUAACUACCUUCUGGCGCUCGCCGCCGCUGACAUCCUGGUCCUCCUGCUCAUCGUCUUCGUCGACUUCAUAUUGGAGGACUUCAUUUUGGGCGCGCCCCUUCCCCCCUCCCUCAACAAGGCAGUCCAGGUCCUGGAGUUCUCCUCCAUCCACACCUCCAUCUGGAUCACGGUCCCCUUGACCGUUGACCGUUAUAUUGCAGUCUGUCACCCGUUGAAGUAUCAUAGCGUUUCCUACCCGGCCCGCACACGGCGGGUCAUCAUGGGCGUCUAUAUGGGGUGUUUGGUGUCUGCGGCGCCUUACUACUGGUGGCCUGAGCUGUGGCAUGGUUUACCUGGAGGUGGUACAGGAAGUGGAGGAAGGGGGAGUAGUAGUAGUGCUGCGCAGCAUGUGCUAGUCUGGGUGCACUGCGCGACUGUCUAUCUCCUCCCCUGCUCCGUCUUCUUCUCGCUCAAUGCAAUGAUCGUCAGGAAGCUCCAGCGCCGUCGCAGCUGCUUCCGCCUGCGCGGCUACUCCACGGGCAAGACCACCGCCAUCCUGCUCGCCAUCACUUCCGUGUUUGCCGUCCUCUGGGCACCACGCACCGUCGUGAUCCUUUACCACCUGUACACGGCGCCGCCGGCUUCCCCGGGUCCCGCCCGCCUUCUGCACCUCCUAACCGAUGUGGCGAACAUGCUGGCUCUCCUCAACACCGGGGUCAACUUCUUUCUCUACUGUUUCAUCAGCAAGCGUUUCCGGACCAUGGCGGCCACGGUUCUCCGGACGUUGUUCCGAUGCCGUAAGCAGCCGCCGCCGUUCUACGCUGGACACAACUUCUCUAUCACCAGUAGCCCCUGGAUCUCCCCUGCCAACUCCCACUGCAUCAAGAUGCUGGUAUACCAGUACGAUAAGAAUGGCAAGCCCAUCUGCAUCUCCUCGUGAGGGGGGAAGUGUGGAGGGUUUCCCUGACGACCGACCUUGAUGAUGACCCGAUUCUGGGACUCUUUGAGCUUUUCAUGUCAACAGACAUCUAGAGUGGAGGGCUGGAAAGGUGGAGGAGAGGAGAGUUAGAGGAGAGGUGAUGAGAGGUGGAGGAGAGGUGGUGGAGAGGAGAGGUGGAGGAGAGAAGAGUUAGAAGAGCGUCUGAGAAGAGGAGACAGAAAGGUAUGUGGUUGGUGUAUGCAUACGCAACAAUCUAUCUAUCUGAAGUGAGAGAAAGAAUGUUUGAGAACAAGAAGAAGAAAAGUUGAGAAAUCAAGUAGGAAUGUUGCUGAGCACAAACAGCAGAACAGAACUCACAACCCAGCAACAGAGUGUUGAGAACCAUCUCUCCACUCGUUCAUGCGGAAAAGCAAUCUAACAGACUGAUCAUUCAGCCUGGAUAACUGCCUGUCUUUUUGGCUGUAUUACUGCUCCGGCAGUGUCUGACGAUGAGCUUUGACUGUGAUCAGGGACUGAUAAACGAGCAUCAUGGCGGCUGCUUAUUACUGGGUUUAAUAGCCAGCCAUUUGUAAAUUGGAAUGGAGAGUGACAACUGAGGAAUUCCUCUGUGACAUAUCAACCUCGCUUUGACAUUGGGACGUUUUUGGUACUGUCUCUGUUAUACUGCUGUCGAAGGAUGGGGAGGAGGUGGUGAUGGGGGAGGGACGGUGGGAGGAUGAGGGGAUGAGGGAGGCUCUGAAUCUGAACAGAUGGCCAUCAUCCAAGGGGAGCCCUCUCUAGUCAGCGAGAGAAACCACUCACCUUUGAAGAGGUAUCCGUGGCAUUGAUGCUCAAGUCUUAGACGUCCUUGUCCUUAGUGGUGGCCUUAGAUGAUGUGAUUCUCAGUCACUACCAUGUCCCCUGACGUGUUUUGAAACCCUGCUGACAUGUCCUGUUAAUAUAUAGUGGGUCUCAGAGGUGCAUUAGACAGUACAAGAGACUUUUUAUUCAAAAACGGAUCUGUGGAUGUUAAGAUGUUCUCAGUGAGUGAAUUCAUCAAAGAUGGAAGGGAUCGGGAAAGAUAACCAUCCAAUCAGGAGCAGUCUCACAGGUGUUAAGGAUAAGUAGGAGCUGCCUGUUGUUGUCACGGUGAAGGAUUAUGGUAGACUUGACUGUUAGAUCAGUGUUCUUUAAUACCGAUCUUGAAGACACACAUGUGCAGGUUUUUGUUCUAGCCCAGUACUAACACACUUGAUUCAGCGAAUCAACUGAUCAUCAAGCAAUUUGAGAGGUUGAACCAAGAUGUGCUAGGUGUGUUAAUGCUGGGUUAACACAAAAACCUGCACACUUUGUGUGUCUUCAGGACUAGGAUUGAAAGAGAUUGUUGUAGAUGCACAAAAAUAAAGCAAAAAAAUGACAAUACUUUGUUGUAGAGGUUCCAUAGGAUCAGUAAUCUUGUCACCAUGGAUUCCACCAUUUUAAAAGGAGGACAUUUCUACCAUUUAAAGAGUCUUCAAAUAAGUAUUGGUUGUUUUUGAUGAUUGUCUUAGUCACAUUAGAAUGAAUGUAUUUGUGCAGCUCCUCAGACCCUUAACUUUAUAUCACUGACUAGAUAGUGUGUGUGUGUGUGUGUGUGUGUGUGUGUGUGUGUGUGUGUGUGUGUGUGUGUGUGUGUGUGUGUGUGUGUGUGUGUGUGUGUGUGUGUGUGUGUGUGUGUGUGUGUGUGUGUGUGUGUGUGUGUGUGUGUGUGUGUCUGUCUGUGUGUAUGUGAGAGAGCAAGAGAGGGAGAGAGAGACAGGCAGAGAGAAAGAGAGAGAUAGAGAGAGUAAACAAGAGUUAAUUAAUCAAUUACGCCAGAGGAGGUGUGGUAUAUGGACAAUAUAGGGUUAUUCUUAUGCACGACACAGAACGGAGUGCCUGGACACAGCCCGUAGCCCCUUAGCCAUGGUAUAUUGGCCAUAUGCCACAUACCCCUGGGGUGCCUUAUUGGUAUUAUAACCAGGUUAACAAUGUAAUUAGAACAGUAAAAAAACAGUUUAUUCUCACUCUCACCCUCAAAGUAUUUUCCUAUUCUCUCUUCAACCCUCCUCUGUCUGCCUGUCACGAGGGUGAGAAACCAGAUGACUGAGAAACAAUUAAUCUAUGAAGCCACGACAACUCAUACAUCAACUGUGUUCUGUCCUGCCCAGAAACAACAACCUAUAAAACCAGCCAGGUUGCUCAUGAUUGACUGCGAAAUUCGAAGUCCGUCCAGGUAAGCAGGACGUCGGUAGAAGACUUCAAAACCGUCCACUAGGGGAAAUGGUGAGCGCUAUUACCAUCAUGUAGGCUUGGGUUUUGCUAGGGCAAUAUGGAUGGGGAUGGGGAAUGGCCGUGUUCGAUCCAACUGCUAGGUUUUAAGCCUAUCCCAAACCUUAACCCUUACCUUAACCAUUUGGAAUUAAUGCCUGAACUUAAAAAACUUCUUAGGGCUAGGCGUACCGUCAGCGGGACACCUGUCGACAAUUUCCGGUGAAAUUGGAGGGUGCGCAAUUCAAAUAAAUAAUCGUAAAAAUUAUGGAUAUUAAACAUCUAGGUACAUACAAGUGUCUUUUAUCAGUUAAAAGCUUAAAUUAUUGUUAAUCAAACUGCAUUAUCCGAUUUACAAUAGGCCUUACAGCGAAAGCAUGCCAUGCGAUUGUUUGAGGACGGCGCCCCACAUUAACAUAUUUUUCAAACAGCACAGGCUUCAUAAAAUCACAAAUAGCGAUUAAAUAACCACUUACUUUUGAAUAUCUUCCUCUGAUUUGCAAUCCAAAGGGUCCCAGCUAUAAUGCGCAUGGUCGUUUUGUUAGAUAAAAUGCUUCUUUAUAUCCCAAAAAGUCAGUUUAGUUGGCGCCAUCGAUUUUAGUAAUCCACUCGUUCAACAUGCAGACAAAGGAAUCCAAAAACCUACCAAUAAACUUUGUUAAAACAAGUCAAACUACGUUUCUGUUUAAUCCUCAGCUACCCUAAAAUGUAAUUACACUAUAACAUUUCAUACGGAAAGAAGUAUGUUCAAUAGAAAAGUAAAAUUAGCAACUGAUCCUCUUCGUAUCGCGCCCACAGACUGAUUUCCAACUGUGACUCCCAGUACCAAAACUCAAAAUUCUUCCUCGUUUGGGAAGAAACAAGCCUGAAACCUUGAACAAAGACUGUUGACAUCUAAUGAAAGCCAUAGGAAUUGCAAUCUGGGAGCUGGAAUUGCAUAGGACCCAUAGACAGUUUACUUUGGGCAUGUCAGUCAGGCUGAGGAGUUCCUUUUGUUUUAACCCUAUCCCAACCUUAACCCUAAACUUAACCAUUCGGAAUUAAUGCAUAAACUUAACCUUAAAAAUCUGACGUUUAUAGACAAACGUUGGAUUCUGCAGUAAGACUGUGAGAGGUUGUUGUAUAAAACACAUCUCUGUUAUUUUCUGUCCACUGAACAUCCACACACACACUUUGUGGCCCUUAGUCCUCAGGCAAAACACGUAUUCAUCUAUCCACUUUGGGUGAAACUAAGCCAGAGGGCAAAAUACACAAAACAUUUAUUUUGAGGGAUUCAGCAUGACAUGACUUCAUAAAUCGUGUAUUAAAUGCAUUUUAUAUCUGAUGAAUGGUAGAAAUAUAGCUCCACCUCUCAUAUUUGAUAUCUCAUUGUAUGCUAUUACCCUCUCAAAGUUGUCCACUGGCCUCUGGAGGGCAGCACACUCAGGCCGGUCACCCGUGAUACAAGUCAGUACUCAACGUUCCUCCAUCUCUGAGGAUGUUGGGAGAUGAUGUGGAAACCAGCCACUAGAGGCACCAGUGAGCUCUGUUACCUUCAAGCAUCUGCCUCCGGUUCCAAAGGUUGCAUGUUCGAAUCAAGGGAUAGAACGUUGUUUUAGAUUUUUUUUUAAAGAAGCCUAUCCCAAACCUUAAACCUUACCUUAACCAUUCGGAGUUAACACCUAACCUUACGACUACGGAGUUAAUGCAUAGACUUAACGUUGGAACAAUAAAGAGAAAUAACCAAACACUUCAAAAUUUGACGUUUGAGAAACAUGGAUGAACGUCUAAUUCUGACGUGAGACUUUGAGAGCUUUCUGGGUACACUAACCCCCAUAGAGGGCGUCCACUGCCAGAGCUUCACACCCCCAUCUGAACAACCAUCAAAAACAGGUUGUUUACUAACCUGUUAACCUGUCAACAUCACUCUUAUCACAGGCUUUAGCAAUUAUCUUUCCAAUUACACACACACACACACUCAUUCGUUAAGAAUAACUACUUCCCAGUAAGGAACCUUCAGAGCAUGGAAGGGAGGUAUGUUAGAGCUAUAUAAUGAAGAUAGUAAACCUCAGCUGAGACACUGUCAACAGUCAAUAAUGACCCAGCAUGUUCUCUGCCUUGACUUGAACCCUGUCCAAUCAAUGUUUAUUGGUCAGAUGAAUGUUGUUUUUUGGUGGUUUCCAUUGGUCAUGUUAAUGCAAUUUUUGUUGUUGUCCAUUGGUCAUGAUUAGCAAUAUGCAUCAAUACCACAACAGACACUUCAGUACCACUUUAUUGACCAGUUACAGUGUCAUAACAUUGUCAUAUUGUCAUAAACAUGACAUAACAAAUUAUAUAAGAUAUCCUGACAGUUUAUGUCACUGAAUGUCGAGUGACAAUCAGUAAUAAAAUGUCAAACAGGACUUCAUAACUAUCCCAGAAAAUGCAAUGGGAUUGUAUCUAAGCAAUUAUGGAUUUUCUUUAUUGAAAGCAUCCCAACAUUGCUAGUGUGACAUUAAUUUAUAACCCCCAUCAAAGGUUCCCACCAACAUUAAUUAGACUGAUUACAGUCAUUUCAUUUGUGAAAUAGUAAACUACUACUGAAAACACCAGGGGGGUGCAGUCCUUGUCUGAGCUGUGGUUGGAACACAGAUUCAAUGAAUACGACCCAGGUGUCCUCUCCAUUUACCACGUGGGGGACUCUGAAGCAGGUGGGAGGGAGUGGUAGUUGCUAUGGUGAUGACUAGGGAACACCCACUGUUGGUGACAUCAAUAACUCAUAACCGGAUAAUCAUAACAGGAAACUCUUAUCUCUGGAGGCUUCAAGCUUUUCUCAAACAGAUACUGUAAACCUGUAUAUAAAAAAGGGCAAGAACAAAUAGAUCAUAUAAGAAUAUAAUAUUUUAUUUUCCUCCACUCUUUCAUUUUCUCUCUCAGAGUAUGUCGGUAUGUUUGUGUGUGUGUGUGUGUGUGUGUGUGUGUGUGUGUGUGUGUGUGUGUGUGUGUGUGUGUGUGUGUGUGUGUGUGUGUGUGUGUGUGUGUGUGUGCGUGUGUGCGUGUGUGUGUGUGUGUGUGUGUGUGUGUGUGUGUGCGUUUGUGUAUGUGUGCAUGCGUGCAUAAGUCUUUGUGUGCUUCCACGUGAGCGCGCAUCUGCCUGAGUGCAAGAGCUUUCAAAAGUGCGUAAAAUAUCAAGUCAGUUAAGAGAAAAAAUGUGUACAGUAAAUGAAGCAAAAUAUCUCUGUACUCUAAAUUAUUAAACAGCUUAUUUAUGCUCCUUGGUGUAGAUGACCAGUCAAUACACAGAACAUUAUUAUUAAUAAUUUAGCAUAUCUGAGAUUGUAUUUCCCUCUGCUUACAGUAUGGCAGUCUACUGAUAGCUUUUCCAUUGUGUGUUUUCUACAUGUCAGGCUCUUUUUAAAUCAUAAAACGACGUGAAUUGAUUGAAUGUAAUGCAUUGAUUGUUUUGGCUUGCAUAAUUAAGGUGCAAUAUGCGGAAAUCGCUCUGCCAUUUCCUGGUUGCAAAAAUUCUAAUAGUUUGCCUAAUGUCAGUUUAUGUGACAAAACAAGCAGUCAUUGUGUAGAGAAUCAUUGUACCAUCUAAACUGCUGUGAAAUACAUAUUCCAUAACCAAAAAAAUAUUGUAUUUUUAGCUGUUUGAAGCUGGUGUCCAAAACCGAAAGUAAAACAAGCAAAAACGAAACAUAAGAAUGGGAAGCAUAGAAAUAGUGCAUAUAAAGCAGAUCUACAGCUUCUCAGACUCGCUUUCAAUGAGAAUGACAGAUCUAUAACUCAGAUUUCUAUGUAAAUUUGGUCAGGUCACCCAAAAAGUUACAUAUUGCAGCUUUAUCUAAUGAAUUUAAAUGAAUAUAAUGUAUGUACAGUAUGUAUUUGGUUAUUUCCUGUGAGAAGGCAUGUUGAGAAGGAUUAUUCCCCUCUGAUAUUUUAUAACUGAGAAUAAGAUAAAGAUACCCUCUAAUAAUCAAA